ACGCGCCGACGCUGGGGACGUACCUGUCGGGCGCCGGACUCCUGCGGCUUCUCUUCCCCUUCCGCGGGUCAGGGCUGGUCAGGUGCGGAACCCGCAGCCCCUUUGGAGUGCUAGUUCGCCGGCGGCCCGGAAUCGGGCUGGGUCAUGAGGCGGAAGGGCGUGGUGGGAUGAAAGCCAUUCCACACUACUCCUGGAGUUAGAGCACGGAUUCGGUGUUAGUCUUGGGAGAGGGAAGUGAGGUUGGAGGUUUUUAUUUUUAAUUUUGGGUAGAAACAGGUUGACUCCAGGGCCCUCCGGAGCGAGAGGAUUUAACUUAAUGCUGCUCCCGCGUUCGAAGGCGGACAAAAAAAAAAGUCCCACCUGGCAAAAUUUCUCUAAUUACCUACUCUGUAGAGAAAGCCAGGUGUCUUAAGUCGCGCUAGUUUUCGUGGUGUCGGGCUUCGGGUGAAGCUCCCAGGGUAGCCAGGUUUAGGUGUGAAGCAGAUGCAGAAUCCAAAGGCAGCGCAAAAACCAGCCACCGAUUUUGCUAUGCCUCUGAGCUGCGAGAUAAUCAGACAGCUAAAUGGAGUCUGAGCAGCUGUUCCAUAGAGGCUACUAUAGAAACAGCUACAACAGUAUAACCAGUGCGAGUAGUGAUGAGGAACUUUUAGAUGGAGCAGGUGUUAUUAUGGACUUUCAAACUUCUGAAGAUGACAAUUUGUUAGAUGGUGACACUGUAGUUGGAACUCAUUAUACAAUGACAAAUGGAGGCAGCAUUAACAGUUCUACACACUUACUGGAUCUUUUGGAUGAACCAAUUCCAGGUGUUGGUACCUAUGAUGAUUUUCAUACUAUUGAUUGGGUACGAGAAAAAUGUAAAGACAGAGAAAGACAUAGAAGGAUCAACAGCAAAAAGAAAGAGUCAGCAUGGGAAAUGACAAAGAGUCUGUAUGAUGCGUGGUCAGGAUGGCUAGUAGUGACACUAACAGGAUUGGCUUCAGGGGCGCUGGCUGGGUUGAUAGACAUCGCUGCUGACUGGAUGACCGACCUGAAGGAGGGCAUUUGCCUUAGCGCGCUGUGGUAUAACCAUGAGCAGUGCUGCUGGGGCUCCAAUGAAACGACGUUUGAAGAGAGGGACAAAUGUCCACAGUGGAAAACCUGGGCAGAAUUGAUCAUAGGUCAAGCAGAGGGUCCUGGUUCUUAUAUCAUGAACUACAUAAUGUACAUCUUCUGGGCACUGAGUUUUGCCUUUCUUGCAGUUUCCCUGGUAAAGGUAUUUGCCCCAUAUGCCUGUGGUUCUGGAAUUCCAGAGAUUAAAACUAUUUUGAGUGGAUUCAUCAUCAGAGGUUACUUGGGAAAAUGGACUUUAAUGAUUAAAACCAUCACGUUAGUCCUGGCUGUGGCAUCAGGUUUGAGUUUAGGAAAAGAAGGUCCCCUGGUACAUGUUGCCUGUUGCUGUGGAAAUAUCUUUUCCUACCUCUUUCCAAAGUAUAGCACAAAUGAAGCUAAAAAAAGAGAGGUGCUAUCGGCUGCCUCCGCUGCAGGUGUUUCUGUAGCUUUUGGUGCACCAAUUGGAGGAGUUCUUUUCAGCCUGGAGGAGGUUAGCUAUUAUUUUCCUCUCAAAACUUUGUGGAGAUCAUUUUUUGCUGCUUUAGUGGCUGCAUUUGUUUUGAGAUCCAUCAAUCCAUUUGGUAACAGCCGCCUGGUCCUUUUUUAUGUGGAGUAUCAUACACCCUGGUACCUUUUUGAACUGUUUCCUUUUAUUCUCCUAGGGGUUUUUGGAGGGCUUUGGGGAGCCUUUUUCAUUAGGGCAAAUAUUGCCUGGUGUCGUCGACGCAAGUCCACGAAAUUUGGAAAGUAUCCCGUUCUCGAAGUCAUCAUUGUUGCAGCCAUCACGGCUGUGAUAGCCUUUCCUAAUCCGUACACCAGGCUAAACACCAGCGAACUGAUCAAAGAGCUCUUUACAGACUGUGGUCCCCUGGAAUCCUCCUCUCUUUGUGACUACAGAAACGACAUGAACGCCAGUAAAAUUGUCGAUGAUAUUCCUGACCGUCCGGCAGGCAUUGGAGUGUAUUCGGCUAUAUGGCAGUUAUGCUUAGCACUCAUAUUCAAAAUCAUCAUGACAGUUUUCACUUUUGGUAUUAAGGUCCCUUCGGGCUUGUUCAUCCCCAGCAUGGCCAUCGGCGCGAUCGCAGGAAGGAUCGUGGGCAUCGCGGUGGAGCAGCUGGCCUACUAUCACCACGACUGGUUCAUCUUCAAGGAGUGGUGUGAGGUUGGGGCCGACUGCAUCACACCUGGCCUGUAUGCCAUGGUUGGGGCCGCUGCGUGCUUAGGUGGUGUGACAAGGAUGACCGUCUCCCUGGUGGUUAUUGUUUUUGAGCUCACAGGAGGCUUGGAAUAUAUCGUUCCCCUUAUGGCUGCUGUGAUGACCAGUAAAUGGGUUGGAGAUGCCUUCGGUAGGGAAGGCAUUUAUGAAGCGCACAUCCGAUUAAAUGGAUACCCUUUCUUGGAUGCGAAAGAAGAAUUCACUCAUACAACCCUGGCUGCUGAUGUCAUGAGACCGCGAAGGAACGAUCCUCCCUUAGCUGUCCUGACACAGGACAAUAUGACAGUGGAUGAUAUAGAGAACAUGAUUAAUGAAACCAGCUACAAUGGAUUUCCUGUCAUAAUGUCAAAAGAAUCUCAGAGAUUAGUGGGAUUUGCCCUCAGAAGAGACCUGACAAUUGCAAUAGAAAGUGCCAGGAAAAAGCAAGAAGGCAUCGUUGGCAGUUCCCGGGUGUGUUUUGCGCAGCACACCCCGUCUCUUCCGGCAGAAAGUCCUCGGCCGUUGAAACUCCGGAGCAUUCUUGACAUGAGCCCUUUUACGGUGACAGACCACACCCCGAUGGAGAUCGUGGUAGAUAUUUUCCGAAAGCUGGGUCUGAGGCAGUGCCUUGUAACUCACAACGGGAUUGUCUUGGGGAUCAUCACAAAGAAGAACAUAUUAGAGCAUCUCGAGCAACUAAAGCAGCACGUCGAACCCUUGGCGCCUCCUUGGCAUUAUAACAAAAAAAGAUAUCCUCCGUCAUAUGGCCCAGACGGCAAACCAAGACCCCGCUUCAAUAAUGUUCAACUGAAUCCCAUAGACGAGGAGAGAGAAGAAACGGAAGAGGAAGUUCGUUUGUUGAAUAGCACAACUCUUUAACCUGAGGAAGUCGUCCACUUUUUUUCUCCUUAACAAAAAAAAAAAAAAAAAAGGAAAUAUAAAAGCUGGGCAUUUGCAACUUGGUUUGCAAAUAAUGCUGGUGGCAUGGAGGAGUCUGGGGAGGGCAAGGAGAGAGAGAAGGAAAGAAGUGAGGUGUUUCCCAUCUGACCAAGAGCAGCAAAUCGGUGGCUCCUGGAGGAUGUGCGGGGACUGCGGGCUGCGCCUCAGAAGGGAGGACGCCGGAGUCCUCGUCCCGGAGCACCGGGCCUGUGACUCCAGCAUGGCAACGACGCGUCACCGGUCCCUGUUUCUGGAGGGAUUCCUUUGAAUUGAGCCAUCUAUAAAACUGCAAGGUCUUGCCCUUUUUUAUCAGAACUGUUCUGUUUAAUUCAUGAAUUGUAUUGUUGAGCAUUACCUUUCUACAUUCCAGAAGAGCCUUUCUCUCUCUCUCUCUCUCUCUGUCUCUCUGUAACGAAGCCUCUUUAAAUUGGUGUACCCGUUUGAACAGUCCUUUCUCAUAUUGAGAUGUGCUGUGAUUUUACUGAGGUCUCCUCACAAGAAGGGAGUGUUUCUUGUGCCAUUAACCACGUAGUUUGCACCAUCACUAAACGCUUGGAGCAGUGCACAUGUACCACGACAAAGGCUGGUCAGACAGGUGACAACAUCUCGGAUGAAGCACUAACGAAGUCUCUCAGCUUGUGUGCCGCGUGAUUCAGAAUCAAACAAUGAAACUCGAUUUUAAAGGAUAAGCAGGUUCUUUUUCUCUCAGACUUUAUGGAUAAUGUGACCUGGUCUUAUGCAAAUUUUCUAUUUCUAAAACUUCCAUGAUGUCUACAAGUGCUGUUCAGCAUAAUUAACGCGCUGCUGCCUCGACAGUGAAGAGAAGGAAGCAUCGUUUAGCUGUGUCUGAUAUUAAUUGCAUGUUACAACACUGGAAUUUUUUUUUCCUUGAAAUUAGAAUCAGUCAUUCUUUUCUUUCCUCAAGGUAUAUCUACUGCUGACACUGAAGAAGAAAUGUAAUUCAUAACUUGCACUAAAUGUAUAUUUCUUUUCUUAAAAAUUUACCAUUCUUAUUUAUAUUUUUAUGGAUUAAAAUUUAUAAAAUACAGAUCAGUUAAUAUCGCACUUAAAUAAUUUUACCUUUUUAAUGUGAUAUUUAUAGACUAAUUGAGACUUACAAAUAUGGAGAUACGAACAAAGUUUACAGUGGGAACGGGUUUAAAAACAGGCUUUGUUUAUUUCUCAGUGAUCCAUGUGUGCAUCAACCUUUUUCUGAUCUUUCACUGCCAUCUCCUGGAUUGUCUUCCAACCUAUUACCUAGAAAGAUGAAACACUACAAAUUACUUUGCAGAUUACAACCUAAAGUUAUAUAGUGUUAGCCUUUUUUAAAAUAUCAAACAAAAAAUGAAAACAAUAAAAUCGCAAAGGGAGUUAAAAUUUUAAUCUGCACAUAACCUUUGACUCUUUGGGUAGGUUGCAUCCUUAUGAGAAGUAGAUGAUGGUUUAUGUAUCAGCAGUGCACAUUUUUGCAGGAUGAGUUAAAAUGCACUAGAAUAUGUUUGGGAUUUUUGUUUUUGGAAAUGUCUGUUUUAAUCAUGGUCUUAAUUCUCAACUGGCAAAGGCAGUUUACUCAAAGAACUGGCCUAAAUAUUCUGUGAUUAUACAUCUUUGAAAGGAAAACAAAUUUUUGCAGACAGACAUUUUCUAAAACACAACUGGCAAUGAGCCAUUUUUACAUUUUGGAAGUGAUUCUUCACUUCCUAGUUCUUAAUAAUAAUAUGCCUAUAAUAUCAUAUAAAAUCCAUAAGAUCCUAAAGACUUAUAAGAUCAUGAAGCCAUAUAAGAGUGAUGAUGGAAAGUUGAGCAAAAUGUUAGGAAUUCCGUGAAACAGUCUUAGCUGUGCUAUCUGCCUAAAUCAGUAUUUUGUCCUCAUUAUUUCCCUCUUUAUAGCCUCUUCAAAGUUCUUUUGGCAUCCAGAGUGGAGUCAUUUCCAAAUGAUGGUUCCGUGUACGUCAAGCUUGUCCUAAGUGUGUCUGCCAUGUGGAGCCCUGCUAGACUGUGAACUCUCAGCAUGGCUAUGGAUAACUUAGGUGCUUGUCAUGACUUAUGAGCCUUCAAAGGAGAAACCAUUCUUACAUUAAACUUCACAUGGAUUUUAUUUUCCACGUUCCCCUGUUUUGAGUUCAGGUCCUACUUUCACUGCCCAUCCUGCUUCAAAGACUAACAUUUCAGGGUGGACAAUAAAGCAUUAAUUUUCUUCUUUGGUACAUUUCUGUCCCUGGUGUGUCUUACUGCUGAAAUACAGGACAAGUGCCGGAUUUUUAAUGCAUUCAGUGGUUUUCUUUGGUGUUACUAUCUGUCCCAUUUUUCCUUUUGAUACAUUGAGGUGUGUCUUCUUGAACAAACGAUGAAAUAGUGGGGACCAUGAAAUUGUUGUGCCUGGCUAAUUGGCAAAUUAAUUGACCAAUAUAAGUAGCGCCUUAUUGGAGUACCCUUUUUGAGAAGGUAUGAUGAGAAUGGGCAAGGGUGUCAGCAUCUCUUCCUUAUUAAUAAUUGUUUUCAGUUUUGGUUCAUGAAGAAUGCUUAGUUUGUUAAUCUGUGAUGUUGCCUAGAGCUGUAUUUAUCUGUUUUUAUUUAUACUAGUGUAGUAAAGCUGCAUAUCAUUACAGUAAAAAUGAUUACUGUGAUGAGUUAAUCAGAAGCCUAUUAAAAUCUAUAUGACAAUG